AUGCCUGUUAAUCUAUUGCGAGCUUUACAUCGCCGGAGAGGCAAAAUGAAGUUUGCCCUGGAUUCAGAUUCGGAUUCGGGUUCCAUCUCAAGUUCGGAGACGGACUCUCCCUCUGUCAAGAGUACAUCUAGUAAACAUGACUCUACCUCUCAGAUUCCAAAUCCCAUGUCAGAGUUGGGUAGAAGGAUCAGAGAAGCUACCCUGGAACCAGAAUCAGAUGACGACCAUCCAAGAGUCGUCAGAAGAGAUUCGUAUGAUUCCGAAAAUGAGGCUGCCGACUUGUUGGAUGUAGCGUCGGAAGUGUCAAGUGUUUCCGAGUCGGAUGAAGAACCCGUCAAGCAAGUCAUUCCACCUAUGAUCCGCAAUGUUCCUGCAGAACAAGGCGUGUCUCACCAUGCCUCUUCGGCAGCCUCAAAACAAACUAUGACAAUGUCUACUUCAAGAAGUCUUCAUGACCUCGUCACCAGAAAAACGGGUGUCGCCACUUUAAGAGACGAAUCUACCCAACCAAGUCCUCCCGAAUUAUUUGCUCGUCGGAUUGAGCUUGAGGCUCUGUUAAGUAGUCUUGAUACAAACGGACAAAUGUUGAUCAAUAAACGGAUGGCGCUGAUCCGUCGGGCCGUGUCUGAAGAACCUACCGUAACCCCAGAUUCUGCUUGGCUGGCGAAGCAGGAGAUGAAGAGAGAGCAAGAUGAGAUUGCGAGGUUGAUGCAAGCUAUGACAGUUGAGAAGAAGGAACGUGCGGGGGCUCUCAAGAAUAAAAUCAGUGGACUUUGGUCGUCUAUCGACGUAGCUGUGUCCGCUAGAACAAAGCAAGCUACAGAAGCUCAACAUCGAGCAGAAACCGCGAAGAAGCUGGAAGAGGAGAAGAAACAGGCGGAAGCACAGCGUGCUGCCCAAGUCGUUAAGAAAGCCGAAGAGGAGAAACGAGCAGCUAAAGAGGCAGCGGAGAGGCGAGCUAGGGAAGAGGCGGACUUGAAACGGGAGGCGGAAAAUAAGGCAGCGGAGGAGCAAAGAAGACAAGCGGAAAUAAGGAAGAAGGAGCAAGAAGCUGCUAUCACAACCACCGCCGCUUCUCCCACGCAGACACCAGAACGAGCAGCACUUGUAACCGCAGUCACACAGGAAAACCAGCGAACACGUACUAUGGUCCAUCAACGUCGGGGCUCGGCUGAUUUUUACCGCUGGCGUCUUGAGCAGGACUAUAUCAAAAAGAAUAUACAUCAACCCGUCAAGACUAACCCCGCGUUGAAAGGUUCGCUUUUCAAGAUAGCCGCCAAGAUGCGUCGAUUUGUCGGACAAGUGACCAACAAGAAAAGUGUGAUUGUUCGAGUGACGGGCGAUAUACAUAAAAUCCUUUGCGAGCAACUGGGACGGGAAACGUCAGCGGCCAACCCAGCGAUUUACAAAAGCGAUCUUCCCGUGGCGUAUCUCUACAUGACCAGUCGACUGGCCAAGUGUUUGAUCGAACAGGCCGAAGCUGAAGUGAGUGUCAAAGCCGACGCUGCCUUCCCUGUGGCGUGGGUCGUCCUCGGUCUAUUGAUACGCGGACAUGCCUCGUUCGGACCGAUAUUAUUCUCCAGGUUGGCGAAGAAAUGUCCAUGGGUAGUUCCCCAUCUCCCCAGACCAGACAGUUCCGAUCCUGCGGCAAUACGCAAAGCGGCUGGUUUCGACGUGAAUGAAACCACCAGCUCGUUCGUUGAACGUAUGACGGGCAUUUGCACAUUCUACUUCGCCAUACUGCAAACCUCCCUCACGCCAUUGAUCUCCACCCUCCCUAUCCCUCCUACGCCACAACAACUCCUUGACCUCGUCAUCCCCGAAUUCCGCUUACCGAGAGCAUGGACAUGGCUUCGGUCCAUUUUACAACCUCGGACGAUUCAACAUCACCCGGUUUCAAGUCUCAUAGCGGCAUGGCUGAACGUGUGUGGCGCAGAGGUGAUGCGGACGUAUGGACCGGCGCAAACGGGAAAGCUGUUGAAUUUAGUGAGAGAUAAGGCGAGUUUAUUAGGAGCGGAAAGUACGGCGAGUAGAGAAAGGGUACAUAUGUUGUUAGAUGAGUGUGCGAGGAAGGGAAGUGUGGAAGGUCAUCCUAGAAAAAUGUGGGAGUGA